AUGUCCCGAGCCACACUUCCUCCCAACCGGCGACGAUUUCCAGCAACGUCUCACCGCCACGCUACUAGUGACUUUUCCGCCCUCAUGUUGCCGGAAUCCACCCAUCUUCUCCGGCGGAGAAUAGUCGCUGCACUUCUCUUCAUCUUCUUCUCUUUCUCCUGCCUACUCCUAUUCAGAACUGAUAACUCUCGCUUCCCCUCUUCCAAUUCCUUGGCUGGACAAUCCACUGUUUUUCUGUCUAAAGAUUCCGACGUGAUAAGCAAUGAGUAUUCACUUGAAAAUGUUCUGAAUAAGGCUGCUAUGGAAGACAAAACUGUUAUCUUGACUACAUUAAAUGAAGCAUGGGCAGCACCAAAUUCAAUCAUUGAUCUAUUCCUUGAGAGCUUUAGAAUUGGAGAUCGUACUCGUUGGCUUUUGAAUCAUUUAAUAAUUGUUGCACUGGACCAGAAAGCAUUUAUACGUUGUCAGGCAAGGCACACCUAUUGCUAUUUGCUUGCCACUGACGCCAUUGAUUUUCAUGAAGAGGCAUACUUCAUGACUCCUCAUUACUUGAAGAUGAUGUGGAAACGGAUUGAUUUCCUGCGUUCUGUUCUAGAGUUGGGGUACAAUUUUGUGUUCACAGAUGCUGAUAUCAUGUGGUUUAGAGACCCAUUUCCUCGGUUUCACAAGGAUGCAGAUUUCCAGAUAGCAUGUGAUCAUUUCACAGGGAGCUUUGAUGAUGUACAGAACAGACCCAAUGGAGGGUUCAACUUUGUGAAGUCCAAUAAUAGGUCAAUUGAGUUUUACAAGUUCUGGUAUUCUUCACAAGAAACCUACCCCGGAUACCAUGAUCAGGAUGUCCUCAAUUUUAUCAAGGUUGACCCUUUCAUUAGUGAUUUAGGACUGAAGAUAAAAUUCUUGGAUACAGCUAAUUUUGGUGGGCUUUGUGAACCAAGUAAAGAUUUAAAUAAAGUUUGCACGAUGCAUGCAAAUUGUUGCUACGGUAUGAAUACUAAACUAAAUGAUAUUAGAAUCAUGCUUCAAGAUUGGAAAUAUUAUUUGACCUUAGCUCCAAGUUUGAAGAGGAUGUCAAUUAUUUCCUGGAGGGUCCCUCAGAAAUGCAGCCUUGAUUCUCUGAAGCAUCCUGGUUCACCAGAAAAGAGUGUUCAAGAGAAUUGA